AUGACCGAGGUCUUCCGCGACGAGCUCAAGGAGCGAACGCACACCAUUGCGCGCGUGACGGAGAAAUGCACGCUUCUCGAGGCCCGCAUGGCCGAGUGCGACGCCGUCACCGCCGGUCUUCGGUCGAGUUUGGAUCGACGCAGCUACGAGAUGGACGCGCUGCGAAAGGCCCACUACAAGGAAAUCCUCAUGCUCCGCGAGCUCGUGACGCGGCAAAAGACCGACCCGGCGACACUCCGCGCUCUCGACGAGGCCAUUGCGGGGCUUCAACUGCACCGGCGUCGCAUGGACGCAGCCAGAGCCGAAGAAACGUCGCCGCGCAAGGCGUCGGUCGCAGCCGAUGAACCGUCGAUGGACGACCGGAUCGAGAGCCUCCAGAAAGAGCUGGAGAAGCGCAAGCAGUCCAACUUUGUGCUGCGUCAAGACCGCGACAAGUGGGAGGAGCGAACGCGGGAAGCCCGAGCGGAGCUCGACGCGCUGCGGAAAUCGCUAUUAGCAAUGCCCGACCUGCCCGCGCCACUUUCAACAACAACAACAACAACCGGAACAACGAUCCCAGUGGCCACGACGCCGUGGUGGGCCGACGGCGCGCCUGGUGGACGCCGCGAGCGCCUCGCGAUCGAUAGCGCAGUCAGCGCACAGACCGUCGCGCCGCGUGACGUUGCAG